AUGAAUAACAUUAACGGCGGUAGUUUCAGUCUUGGUCUGAAUAAUAACUUUAAUAACAGCGAUCCAUUUAAUGGCGGUCCAAAACCAGAUAUUAUAAUACAAGAACUUGACAGUGAAAAAAUAAAGUUCAUAUUAACUAAUACAGAGUUGAGUGUUGCUAAUGCGUUACGACGUCUCAUGAUAGCCGAGGUACCAACUAUAGCAAUCGAUAUGGUUGAAAUUGAGCUAAACACCUCUGUCCUUGCAGAUGAGUUCAUCGCACAUAGACUCGGGUUAAUUCCAUUAGAUAGUAUGGAAGCUGAAAAAAUCAAAUAUACACGGGAAUGUAACUGUUCUCAAUAUUGUCCAAAUUGCUCGGUUGAACUAACACUACACGCAAAAUGCGUUCAAGAUGGUCAGUCACUUGAAGUGUGCAGUCGUGAUUUACAGUCAAGUGAUCCACGAGUGUCUCCUGUUUUGAAAGACGAUAAUGAUAAAGGAAUAUUGAUUGCUAAACUUCGUAAAGGACAAGAAUUAAAAGUUAAGUGCGUGGCAAAGAAGGGUGUCGCGAAAGAACAUGCUAAAUGGAGUCCAUGUGCAGCUGUAGCUUUUGAGUAUGAUCCACACAAUAGAUUACGACACACGCAUUAUUGGAUUGAAGAGGACGAAAAAAAGGAAUGGCCUCCUGGUCCGAACGCGAAUCAAGAACCACCUAUGACCGAUGACGAGCCAUUUGACUAUAACGCGACCCCUAAUAAAUUCUACUUUACCGUAGAAUAG